GAUAUAGAAAGAAUAGCGAUAUUUGGGGGCGUGUCGUAGAGGAACUUGAUCAUAGAGUGAGCGUAACAAACUAGGGCUACAACCCCGAUCUUCACGCAAAGCUCUGGUUUUACUCUUCUAGAUCUGCAAAUUCCUCUGCAGUCAGGUCCAUCGAAGCCGAGAUUUUCACUUUUUAAGGUUUAUUUUUCUCUGGGUUCUCUGAAUCGGAGGAAAGUUUAUAUAUGCUUGCCGAAUUCUGAAGCUGCAAAAUUACAGAGCAGAGGAAGGGUAUUGCGUUAGCGUACCCAAGAGAAAAAUAUUCCCUUUUUGGCAUGUGAGCCAUAAUGGGGUCAGGAAAUAGAGCACCUUCUUCUUCUGGGCGCACCGAAAUGUCCAUCUCCGGCAAGGCUUUUGAUUUCUCUUUCAGUUUUGCUAUCUGUCUCAUCACUGAAAUUUUUUUCUCUAUGUUGAUUGGGCAUCGUGAAAUGCACCAACUGGAUCUAGAAAAUUUGACACUAACCACACAACCCUUCAAAACAUUGAAAUACUUUACACUAGCUGUUAUUCAAUACUUGAAGAAAACAACAUUAUAUCUGUUGGCAAAAGGUGGGUGGCUUAUGCUUUUCAGUGUUGCGGUUGGGGCUCUUGGGAUAGUGCUGACAACCAUUGAUUGCCUGCACGAGAAGCAUCUUGAGGAGAUUCUUGAAUAUUUUCGCUUUGGACUGUGGUGGGUGGCCCUUGGGGUUGCUUCUUCAAUUGGUCUGGGAUCUGGUUUGCACACAUUUGUCCUAUAUUUGGGUCCCCACAUAGCGCUGUUUACAAUAAAAGCGAUGCAAUGUGGCCGAGUUGAUUUGAAAAGUGCUCCAUAUGAUACAAUACAAUUAAAAAGAGGUCCUUCUUGGCUUGACAAAGACUGUUCUGAGUUUGGGCUACCGUUAUUCCAGUCAGCAUAUGGUUCGCAGGUUCCACUUAGCAGCAUUUUGCCUCAAGUUCAGGUAGAGGCUGUUCUAUGGGGUAUUGGAACAGCUAUAGGAGAGCUUCCUCCUUACUUUAUCUCUAGAGCAGCACGCUUGUCUGGGAGCAGAGUGAAUGCCAUGGAAGAGUUAGAUAGUGAAGAUAAAGGAGUUUUGAAUCAAAUCAAGUGCUGGUUUCUUUCGCACUCACAGCAUUUGAAUUUCCUGACCAUUCUAGUGCUUGCUUCGGUUCCAAAUCCUCUAUUUGACCUUGCUGGUAUCAUGUGUGGACAAUUUGGCAUUCCAUUUUGGAAAUUUUUUCUUGCAACCUUGAUUGGAAAGGCAAUUAUCAAAACUCACAUACAGACUGUAUUCAUCAUCUCAGUUUGCAACAAUCAACUUCUUGACUGGAUAGAGAAUGAAUUUAUCUGGGUUCUCAGCCAUAUACCUGGUUUUGCAUCUGUCUUGCCUAAAGUGGUUUCUAAUCUGCAUGCAAUGAAAGAUAAGUAUCUGAAAGCACCCUAUCCAGUUUCCACAAAUAAGCAGGGGAAAAAGUGGGAUUUUUCUUUUGCUUCAAUCUGGAACACUGUUGUGUGGCUCAUGCUUAUGAACUUCUUUGUCAAGAUAGUGAAUGCAACUGCCCAGAGGUAUCUGAAGAAGGAGCAGGAGAGACAGCUUGCUGCAUUAACCAAGAAGUCUACCUUAACAGACUCAAACGCACAAUGAAUUGUUUUAUGUUCUGCUUGUGUGCCCCUUUUUUUUGUGGUUUCUCCUGCAAGCAGAAGACUCAUUCAAAUCACAGCUAUUCCUUAAGGCCCCAUACAAGUUACUCCAAAAACUCUGCAUCAGAGUUCCUGUUAGGAGCUUUCAUAGGAAUGAAUAUACAGUAGGCGACAAAAGUUGCAACUUUUUAUUUCAUUAGUGUAACUUUGGGGCAACAAUUGUUUGGAUUUUAGAUUUUAACCCUCAUAUUAAUUGCUGCUACAAUGGAAUUAUGGGAGCCCUAUUCUUUUGCAAUGGCAAGACAUUAUUAUCUCAUAUUAUGAACACUUUGUUUCUAU